UGAAGAAACCAGAAAUUACUACAUGUAAAAAAUUGUCUUCAUAAAAAUUCAGGUAAGAAUAUUAUUUUUUCUUAAAACUAUAUAGGUACGUGCUAUUCAUUAUGUAAUUGUCUUUUGCAAUUGAGUGAGUUGUCUCAGUUGUAAUACAUAAUACAUUAUACAUAUUUAAUUCUCCAAAUUAAAUAAUAAAAUGCUAGGCUGUGUUGGGUGUUGUUUAUAAGCAGGUAGAUAAUAGUAGAGCGUUUCAUCAGACUAGACGAUUAAUGGCUGUAAACAGGAGUGGAUUAAUGUGUUUUGGAAUGGAGUGUAGUAAUUGUUUUCUGCAUCUGUAGUAUAAGUUUUUUAAAUUUGUAGUAAGCUUUCUGUGUGCAAAAAGUUUCUACGCUGGAUUUUGCUGGCUUGUGUAGAUUAGGUACUGCAAAGGUAAGGUUUAGUCUUUUAUUCCUCUCAUUGUUAUGUUUUUAAAAGGAUGCAAGACGCAAACAUCUACAAAUAGAGUUUCCCUGACAACAGCAAAACAAUGACUGACAUGGCAACCAAACAAACAAAAUGGUUGACACUUGAGUUUAUAGCUUGUUAGGUACAUUUUUGGUAAACAUUUUGUUUAUAAUUUGUUAAAAAAAAUUAUUUCUCAAUAAAAAUGUUAAAGAAUAUAUCACUACCACUUAUUCCAGGAUAUUCAUUUCGAAACAAUGUGGGCCAGACGCGCUUCCACAAGUCGCAGCACUUUGAGCUGCUGCGCGGAACCCCCGUGCUGGCGGACGCCUUCAAGCCGGGGAUCGGAGGGGCCCCGCUGCCCGGCAGCAGGCCCUGCAAGUACCCCUCCGUGUACGUGAGGGGCGAGUCCCAGGACCUCCCGCCCUGGAUCGCGUUCGACAAGAAGGUCCUGUGCUUUGAUGCCUUCUUCCAAGAAACGGUUCAGGAGCUGCGAUAUCCGUACCAAAUCAGGAAGUGCAAAAUUCUGUUCUUCCUAGAAGAUGGGACGGUGCAAGUGGUUGAGCCAAAAGUACCAAACAGUGGCAUACCUCAAGGGACCAUCAUCAGCCGGCAGAGGAUCCCGCUGCCCCCUCCCAGGGACGACCAGUUCCGCGACAUCCUGGACUUCAACGUGGGGCGGGAGGUGGAGCUGUUCGGGCGGGUGCUCAAGGUCGUCGGCUGCGACCGCUUCACGCGGGUCUUCCUCAACCGGCUGGGCAUCACCGUUCCCGACCCGCUGCCCGUGCCGCCGGACCCCCACUCCGUCGCGAGGGAGAAGGGGGAGGCGCGGGCGGCGUCCGGCAAGCCGCACGGGCCCAAGAACGCCUUGAGGCAGUUCCUGGACCACGACCGCCAGGUGCUGAGCUUCUCCGCCUACUGGGACGACCGCGGGACCCCCCACGGGCUGCUGCACCGCCUGGAGGUGCGCUACUACCUCGCCGACGACACCGUCGAGAUCACGGAGCUCGUGCCGCCCAACUCGGGCCGGGUCGCCGGCCCCGUCUUCAAGCGGCGGGACAAGCUGCCCAAGAAGUACGCGUCGCUACCAGUCCCAGGGUCGGACAGCCCAUUCACGGUGCUCAACGUGAUGAGCGGCGGGUUCGGCAAGGCGCGCUACCUCCCGGACGUCCUCAACUGCGGAAUGGACCGGACCAGCUACUACCGGGACAACGACCUGGCCAUCGGGGCUGUUCUGGACGUCUACGGCCGGAAGGUCACGCUGACGGACUGCGACGCCUUCACCAAGGAGUAUUACCGCAGCAAGUACGGCAUGGACGACUUCACGCCCCUCGACCAGCCCGCGGAGUCUCUGGUGGAGGGGCCGCCCCCACCCCGGGAGCUACCCCCGUACGACGGCUUCGGCAGCUACGAGGAUUCCGCUGCGAACUGCCUCAGCAUAAUUCCUGUCCCGCCUACCAGAGAUUUCUACAAGUUCCUUCAAAAAGACAGGCAAGGUUUGGACAGCCACAUUCUCCGGUUCAAAGCCUGCAUGAUAUCAGACAACCCGGUCGACAGGACCCGGCAGUUCAUCGUCUGUUACUACCUGUGUGACGACACAAUGUCUGUGUUCGAGAUGGGCUCCGAAAACUCUGGUUUCCGCGGGGGGCAGAUGUUCUCGCGGGAGCGGGUGGAGAAGCCCGGCCAGGAGCGCUACGGGUCGCGGACCCCGGCGUUCUACCGGCCGGACGACCUGUUCCUCGGCAGCGUGGUCGUCCUGCACUGCUUCGCCUUCGCGCUGCGGGACGCCGACGAGUACACCCUGAGGUACAUGGAGCUCAACUGCCACGAGUUUCCAAAGAGUAACAUUCAGUUGAUACUCAGCAAGUUGAAAGAAGCCUUGCGACCCAUCUACAAGGAGUUUGUGAGCAGCUAUCUUCAUUCUGAAACUGCUACGUGUGGAACUAUUCCUUUCACAACAUUUAAAGAAGCUCUGAAGAAGAUCAUGUGCGACCAGAUCACGGACCACGAGAUAUUGACCGUUGGCCGCCGCUACAGGGUGGAGACGCCACGUGAGCAGCACCCUAGAGACGAACUGAGGUCGUUCGUCCACACGCACAUGGAGAAGUUCCUCUUCAAGGACCUGGACCGGCUGCAGGAGAACCUGCGGUACGCGGACGCCUGCCGCUCGGGCUUCCUGCCGCGCGCGACCGUGUACGGCCUGUGCCGGGCCGCGCGGCUGCCUGUCGACAAGCAGCUACUCUGCGCCGUACUGGACAAGAUAGACAGGAACGAGGCGGGCGAGCUGAACUACAAAGACCUCAUGAACUUCCUGGACAGCCGGAAGUGCCCGCCUCCUCCGGCGAUGCCCUACUGCUCACUGGAAGAGUUCCCCAUUGCCGGGAAAGUGGCGCCUGUGAUUGUGGAAUGGAUGGACCUGGAAGCACUGCUGAAGGAUCUGUCGCUGGAAGAGACGGUUACCCAACAGAACGGAUGAAACAAGCUCUUUUUAUUUUUGGUUACUUGGUCACUACCUGCCUUCCCAUCAGAAUGUUCAAUUUCUUUGUCUGUGUAUUUUCACAUGUAUGUAUAUUGUACACGUUUGUAUAUGUGCGGAAUCAUUAUGUGUUUAGAAGUUUUUACAUAAAUAAAUUUUGUAUGUUUUAAAGUUUUGUUUGGAA